CAUGCGCGCUUCCGGCGCGAGCGCGACCAGUGACCAUGGUGGCGGCGGCGGCGCAGGCCCUCUCGGGCGCGCGGCGGCUGCGGCUCUUCCUCUCCACGCUGAAGCCCGGGGUCCACGUUCCCCAGGCUGAGCCCGUGGCUGCGUUCAGCUCCUCUGUGACCUCCGCCAAAGUGGCUGUGAACGGCGUCCACCUGCACUACCUGCGGACUGGAGGUGGAGAGCACGCGGUCCUGCUGCUCCCAGGAAUGUUGGGAAGUGGAGAGACUGAUUUUGGACCUCAGAUUGAGAACCUGAAUAAGAAGCUCUUCACGGUGGUUGCCUGGGAUCCCCGAGGGUACGGACAUUCCAGACCCCCAGAUCGAGAUUACCCAGUAGAAUUUUUUGAAAGGGAUGCAAAAGAUGCUGUUGAUUUGAUGAAGAUGCUGAAGUUUAAGAAGGUCUCUUUGCUGGGGUGGAGUGAUGGUGGGAUAACAGCCCUCAUUGCAGCUGCAAGAUACCCGUCCUACAUCAACAAGAUGGUGAUCUGGGGGGCCAACGCCUACGUGACCGACCAGGACGAGGAGAUUUAUCGGGGUAUCCGAGACGUGUCUAAAUGGAGUGAGAGAACAAGAGAGCCUCUGGAAGCCCUCUAUGGGUUCGACUACUUGGCCAGAACCUGUGAAAAGUGGGUGGAUGGCAUAAAGCAGUUUAAGCAUCUUCCAGAUGGUAACAUCUGUCGGCACCUGCUGCCCCUGGUUCAGUGCCCCACCCUAAUCGUGCACGGUGAGAAGGACCCUCUGGUCCCGAGCUUCCAUGCCGACUUCAUACACAAACACGUGAAGGGGUCACGCCUUAAAUAUGUACACAUCAGAGGAGAACCUGUUAUUCAGAAUCACAAAACAGCAGCGUCUGCCAAGCCAGCUGUGUUGGUGGCCCAUUCGAUUAAAUGGCAGAGACACAUUCCUUGUCUGUGUAGCCCCGUUUCUGCCAGCCAGCCUGGGGACGCCAGAGAACCUAAUAAGACAUGUCAGCAGAAAUUCUGUUCUUCAAUCCCAUUUGUUUUUAUAUGGAACAGAGAUUUAUAAUUUAAAUACUUUGGCUGACACGGGAGCCAGCUUCUGCUGGUGCUUAUAUCAAGAUGAAAAUUCCACGUUGAGCAAGCUCAGAAUUUCCUUGAUAUGCAGUGAUGCACAUCCUGAAGGAGAAAAUGGGAUGUGACCAGGAGCUGGUGGGCUGGCUUUGUUUUUUUUAAGCAAACCUACUGGAAAGUAAACACCCAAGUGAGCCUUGAUCCCUUCAGAGACUGUAUAUGAAUUCCAGAGCUGCUGUCAUUAGUCAGGACGUCUUUGGAAUUGUACAGAAUUCUUUGGAAAUUGGCGUUGUUAGUGACCUAAGAACACCCUCCCACCCCCCCGCCCCCGCCCUGACCCUCCAUGAGCCGAUUCCGAUGCCCUGCAGGCCAGCCCUGCCUGGUAGGUCAGCAGUGGUCCCUGAGCUGAGAGUCCCCACGGUCCAGCAGGGAGAGUAGAAACAGCUCCUCUACCUCCUAAUCAUACUAGUUAUUCCGUGAUCGAUUUUAACAAAUGUCUCAGAGAAUUUUUAAAUGUGGGAGACACGCUUCUUAUUCUGCAGUAAAACAGCAUUCCUACAAUUCCUGUCUAAUUCCUGUGUCCAAAGAGCAUUUUAUAUUUAAAAGGCAUUUCACAUAUGAUUACAUACUUCACAACAACCUUAUGGGAAAAGAUUUUGUCCCAAUUUACAGAUGAGAAAAUCAAGGCUGAGACGUGUUAAGUAAUCUUCCAAGGUUGCAUGGCUAGUAAACGACAAAUCCUGGGGUUUUUUCCUCCUAAUACAGUGCGUUCCCCCACAGCACAGCUGCCUCUCAUAAACAUACUCUUAUUUUAAUAUGAUGGUAAGAUGCCUGUGUUAUAUGCUUGCUGACCUGGUUAAUUGUCUUCUAACUUCAGAAAUGACAGGUUUUUGCACAGUGAGUCUCAUGAUAAAUGCAGUGUGUCCCUUAGAGAGCCAGAUUCAGUAAAAGUCUGCAGGAAAGUUUAAUUUAGGAAUUCUGCUCCAGACCCAUCUCCUAGCAACAGGAUACAUCAAUAUGGGAGAAGAAUAUUCCCUUGCCAUUCAGAUGUUAAUGGUUUUAGUACACUCUCUUAUGGAAGGUCAUUUUCUUAGAGCAGGAUUCUUUGGAAAAAAUGAGUUGAGAGUAAAGUGUUACACUUGCUCCCUUCCUCUGCCAGAAGAGCCCUUUAUGUUGGGCGUGAACCUAAAACACGGUGGUUAAUUCUGGACCCACAAAAAGAGGGUCGAUUCCUUGAGCACCAAGGUCGCCCUCCGACUGUGCACAGGCCUCUCACCUCAGGGGGGCAACUCCGAGUGCAGGUGCUUCCGACGAACUUGGGGUUUCAUUUCCCUGCCAGGUACAUUUAUGAUUAAAGAAUUAAAGGCACAAGUGUGUCGCUCAAAGAUUGUACUACAAAUAGAUAAUCAGGUGUGAAACGAAUGCCUUUCUCUCCUGGAAGGGGGCCGAGCGCAGGGUGGGUGCUCAGCAGGCCCACUUCCUGCCUGUGACAAUUGUCUCUCUCUGUUCUUUUUGCUGGAGAAGAACCGCAGCAUCUCCUGGAGACAGAGACCUCAGAGAUCACUCAAGUUCAGUGAUCUUAGAUUUUGUUUUUAGGCAGUUGAGCCCUUCCUCCUAACAAACUCUUCUGCAGAAGUCCCAGAUACAAAGCAUAAGAUAGUGGUCGCUGUGAUUUUCCCCCGCUCGGCCAGCCUUCCCUCCUAGAUCGCACAGCACUGACACCGCCGCCUGCCUGUCUAGCCAGCCUCUGCUUGAGCGCCUCCAGUUGCCGAGCACGCCUGGUCCUCGGGGCCACCCAGCUUGCUGUCACAGUUGGCGCCGAGCAGAGCCUGCGCCCUUCGGACCCUUCGGGGCUGGCGUGGACGGGCCCCUGGAAGCAGAAGGGCUGAUCUGGCUCAGGAGAGGGUGGGGCUUCACGGAGGGUGUGACCACCGCGCUGCAGUGGAGACACGGGGUGCUCGCCGUGCGUGGUCGUCAGCUCCGGCUGCUGUGACAAAGACCGCACACUGGGCGGCUGAAACUACGGACAUUGAGGCCCUCACAGUCUAGAGGCUGGACGUCCAAGAUCAGGGUGGCAAGGGGUUGGUCUGUCCUGAGGCCUUUCUCCUUGGUGUGCAGGUGCCACGUUCUCCCUGUGUCCUCACACGGUCGUCGCUCUGUGUGGGCAUCUGUGUCCUGAUCUCUUCUCAUAAGGACACCCAUCAGAUUAGAUUAGGGCCCACCUGUGUGACCUCACUUUAACAUAAUACCUCUUUAAAGACCUGAUAUCCAAGCACGGUCACACUGAGGUACUGGGGUUAGGACUUCAACAUGCGAAUUGGGAGGCGCGGCUCAGCCCACAACAGUACGUUUCUGAGGAGGUUCUCAGAUCUCAGAAAUUGGGGGCCCAAGCAGAGAUCAGGAUCUGGGUUCAGACCCGGCUACGCGUGACCAGCCCCUUGCCCCUUCCCUGCCUGGCCAGGGCCACCCAGCCUCCGGGCACAGCUUGGCUGUCUCUUUCUGCUCCUCCACUUACUCACUGUUCUGAGGCCACGCGGCCCCUUACUGGCACCUUACUAGCAGCAGCGAGCAGGCCAUCCUCUGUCCCGGACGCGGUCUAGUUCGGCCUCAAAGCACUUGGUACACGGUGAAAGGAAGAAUGCGAGCAUUGCACGGCCACAUCUGUGGGUGGCAGGGGUCCCUGAGUGGUGACUCAGGCCCGGAAAGUGUGUUGUGGAGUCCACCUGCAGGUUCUGGGGCCAGAGAACAGACCCGGAAGGAAGGACGAGGGCCGGAGUCCACGUGUGCAGAGAGGUGGGGCCUUGGGCUCUGUGUGGGCCAGAGGGGAGGGGUGGGAAACGGAGUCGCGCCUGGAGACCAGAGUCAGGGUUUGGGGGCCCUGAGCAGCAUUCGCAGCCGCGGUGGCUACAGCACAGCAGGGGCUCAGAUGGACCGUGGGGCGGGGGGGGCGGUGCUGGUGAUGGAUCGUGCCCGUAAGCAGGUGGACGUGUUUCUGUACCUCUUUCCUGUGUGUCACAUGGGGAUGGUGAUGCCUGUCAUCUCAGAUAACUUUCUGAGGAAUGAAUGGGGAUGUAUGUGCACGUUCAGACGAAUAAGAAUUCGGCACACGGUAGCUGCCUUCAUGGAUGGAAUGCUGGUGUGGGUGUAGGUGGUCUGGGGCCCAGGAGACAGCAGGGUAGAGCUCGAUGGGCAGUCAGGCACAUUGCCCUCGGUCAGCUGUACCUGUGCACACACACGUAUUUAUAUAUCGUAUACAUGUGUGGACAUGUAAUAUAUCUAUAGUGAGAGAGGAUUGAUUUACUAUGGGAGUAAGGCAUUGGCUUCUGCAGCUACAGAGGCUGAGAAGUCCAAGAUCUGCAGUCAGCAGCUGGAGGCCCAGGAGAGCUCAUGCUGUGGUUCAGUCUGACUCUGAAGACCAAAGAACCAGAAAGAGCUGAUGUUGCAGUGCGAGUCUGAAGGCAGGAAAAAGCCAGUGCCCCAGUUUGAAGACAGGCAGGAGGAGUUCCUCUUGCUCAGGAGAGGGCCAGCCGUUUGUGCUAUUCGGGCCGUCAACUGAUUGGAUGAGGCCCACCCACGUGGGGAGGGCAGUCUGCUGUGCUCAGUCUGCUGAUUCAGAUGUGACUCUCAUCCUGAAACACCCUCACACACACACCCAGAAUCAUGUCUGACCAAAGGCACCUGUGGCUCAGCCAAGUUGACACGUAAACCCAGCCCUGGCGGAGGGCAGCUGGCAGGAGCUGUCCUCAGAGGUCUUGGCCUGGCGGUGGGAGCGCUAAGGGUGCCUGGGUUCCCCAGGUCGUGGGUCAGGUGCUGGCCUCUGUCUGAUCACAGGAGGGAGGAGGGGCCUCGCUCUGCAGCUUCCUGGCCUUGUCCAGUCUGCCCAGCGGUGGGAAGAUGGCCCCAGACCUCCAAGGUGAGCAGGGGGGUGGCGUGCCCCUGCGGGCGCGAAGUAAAACGGUCUUGUGCUGGCAGCAGGUUCGUUCCGGUUCCGUGGAGAGGGGGUCCGGCAGACACCGAAGGAAGGGGGACGCACCCCCCUCAGCUGCCCGGAUGACCCUUCCCACCCCCUCCUCAGCUGCUGUUUCUAGUUCCUCCUCUCUGACUGCAGGCAGCUCAAGAACCGCUUUAGGGCCAGGUUCCAGGAUUAACUCCAAACAGGACCAGCCUCAUCCUUACAAAGCCGGGUCCUGGUGUCUCACAGUGGGGGGAAGGGAGGGGCUCAUCCUUUCUAGACAAAUCUCACCCAUGACAUUUUCUAAAAUCGUUUUUUUAACACCUUUAUUGGAGUAUAAUUGCUUUACAAUGGUGUGUUAGUUUCUGCUGUAUAACAAAGUGAAUCAGCUAUACAUACACGUAUAUCCCCAUAUCCCCUCCCUCUUGCGUCUCCCUCUCACCCUCCCUAUUCCACCCCUCUAGGUGGUCACAGAGCACCAAGCUGAUCUCCCUGUGCUAUGCGGCUGCUUCCCACUAGCUAUCUGUUUUACAUUUGAUAGUGUAAAUAUGUCCAUGCCACUCUCUCACUUCGUCCCAGCUUUCCUUUCCCCCUGCUGUGUCCUCAAGUUCGUUCUCUACGUUUGCAUCUUUAUUCCUGUCCUGCCCCUAGGUUCAUGAGAACCAUUUUUAUUUUAGAUUCCAUAUAUAUGCGUUAGCAUACGGUAUUUGUUUUUCUCUUUCUGACUGACUUCACUCUGUAUGACAGACUCUAGGUCCAUCCACCUCACUACAAAUAACUCAAUUUUGUUUCUCUUUAUGGCUGAGUAAUAUUCCAUUGUGUAUAUGUGCCACAUCUUCUUUAUCCACUCAUCUGUCGAUGGACACUUAGGUUGCUUCCAUGUCCUGGCUAUUGUAAAUAGAGCUGCAAUGAACAUUGUGGUACAUGACUCUUUUUGAAUUACGGUUUUCUCAGGGUCUAUGCCCAGUAGUGGGAUUGCUGGGUCGUAUGGUAGUUCUAUUUUUAGCUUUUUAAGGAACCUCCAUACUGUUCUCCAUAGUGGCUGUAUCAAUUUACAUUCCCACCAACAGUGCAAGAGGGCUCCCUUUUCUCCACACCCUCUCCAGCAUUUAUUGUUUGUAGAUUUUUUGAUGAUAGCCAUUCUGACUGGUGUGAGGUGAUACCUCAUUGUAGUUUGAUUUGCAUUUCUCUAAUGAUCAGUGAUGUUGAGCAUCCUUUCAUGUGUUUGUUGGCCAUCUGUAUAUCUUCUUUGGAGAAAUGUCUGUUUAGGUCUUCUGCCCAUUUUUGGAUUGGAUGGUUUGUUUUUUGAUAUUGAGCUGUAUGAGCUGCUUGUAUAUUUUGGAGAUUAAUCCUUUGUCAGUUGCUUCGUUUGCAAAUAUUUUCUCCCAUUCUGAGAGUUGUCUUUUCGUCUUGUUUAUGGUUUCCUUUGCUCUGCAAAAGCUUUUAAGUUUCAUUAGGUCCCAUUUAUUUCCAUUUCUCUAGGAGGUGGUUCAAAAAGGAUCUUGCUGUGAUUUAUGCCAUAGAGUGUCCUACCUACGUUUUCCUCUAAGAGUUUUAUAGUGUCUGGCCUUACAUUUAGGUCUAAAAUCUCUUUAAGGUAAGAAUUUUCCAAUUGCGGUCGAUUGUGGUCGCCAGCAAACGUAAAUAAAUUGUCUCCAAGUUGGAACAUUUUGUUGAUACGCUGUACAUAACUGGAACCUUCAUAACGACUUUCUUACAUUGUGAAGCACAAUACAGAUAGAAUAAUGGACGAAUAGCAAACGUGUAUUAAGUGUCUACUGUGCGCCCAGAGAUAAUUUCAUCUUCAGAAUAACCCUCUGGGGUGGACACUGUUACUGUCCCCACUUUCCAGGUGAGCAGCUGCGGUUCAGGGAGAUGCUGUCGCUUGCUGGUAAAGAGCCUACGUUGGUCAGACUGGGUUGUCUUGCCCCCAUAAUAGCCAGCGCCUUCAGCCUGUUUCUCCUUCGCCCACUCGCAUGUAGGGAGCAUCGUCCAAGGACUGUCCAGGAGAGGUGGAGGGAGACUAGAGGGACUUGAAUUCCUCAAAAGGUCUAGAGUCACAUUUCUUUUUCUAAAGGUGCUAAAUGCAGUGAGGAACCUGCCCCAGCAAAUAGGAUCUAGCACCUACCCCCGAGGGGCCCGUCCUCUCCAGCUGAGCCGUGUGUCUGGCAGUGGGGAAUUUCCUACUCGUUUUCCUGGAAAGUGUGGUUGUUUGAACACCACUCUCCAGGAGCGCGUGAUUUGAUCCUUUGUUAAGUGGGUGAGAGUCUGGGUCAGCAGCAGUGGCCACGCUGCCUUGGCAGCCCCGUAUUUACACCCGUCCGGGGCAGUGCUGCCCCAAGAGGAGCACAUGUCAGGGAUAGUGACCUCUGUAUCAGACCUCAGGGAAGGCUGUGUUGAGGACCCCGAAAUGACCCCAACAGCUAUCAAGGAGCAGAGCUGUCUUAUUCAUACCCUCAUUUAUCCAUCUGUCUGUCCGUCCCUCUGUCUGCCCAUCCUCAGUCCAGUGCAGUUCUGAAUGUAGAUGCCUCGGAGCAGGGCUCCCCUAUUUUUAACGAGGGGCCCAGUUGUUAUUUCCCGAGACUGAGAUUACUACUGGGAGAACACAGACAGCACUGAGGCUAAAAGACGGGAUCGCAGCUGCUGUCUCUCCUUCCUUCUUGGGCGUCUGAACAAAUAAUGGGAGUGGGUUGGCUCCCCACACAGGAGGACUUGCAGGUUUGGCAGGGUGGGUCUCUGUUUCAGAGUCCAGCUUGGUCCACGUUGGAAGGUGCAGGGUAUCCCAGACAUGCCCUUCUGUGACUGCCAGCAUCCUCGGCAGUUGGUUCUUUUCUGUCUCCUGAGAACAGAGGCCGUGACUGUCCCUGUGAGCCCCGUCCCUCUGGAGGGCAGCUGGUCCCUUCUCUGGGGUGGUGCAGCUCAUACUUCUUUUCUGAAUAGCAUUAACGUUGACUUGGAAAUGCCCUGGUUAUUGUUAAUGGCGUUAUUAACCUUCCCCAGGGCCUCAGAAAGAUGCCAGCAACAGAUCCUUCUUUCAAGCCAGUGAUCUUGAUAGUCUGGGUUCCCUCACACCCCCGCAGUCCCCGUGUGGUUGUUUGCAGGAGGCCCAGCAUCGCACAGGGACAGCUCUGUUCCAAGCUCCCUCUUGCCAUGCGUCCUCCCUCAUGUUCACUGAGGUCCCUAGAGCUCUCAGUUCCCCACCCCGUGGAAAGCACAGAGAAGCAGGAAAUGCAGUAACGGGCAGUUUGCCCCAGUGUAGUCCUUUUAACGUCUAACUAUUGUGGACAGAACAAGUCAGACUUGUGCUUAUAUCCUAGAACCUUUAAUUUGUUUAAAACUUAUUGUCUGCACUUUUAUAGCCAAUAAAUAGAAUGUGUAACUCAGAAGUCUGCCUUUAUUAAAGAAACUGCAGACCAGCCACAUUUGACCAAAGCCCUGUUGAAAGGAAGAAGCCUCCCGAGGAUGGUGAGGUGUCUUGACAGCUGCACAACCAAGGGCGGGUGGCUAAUGCAGGUUCCUGCUACCCUCACAAGCUUCAGGAACAUUUACUUACCCUUCGUCUGGUGGCUUGUGUGCAGACCUGCUCAAUCCUCCAAAAUGACGGGGUGAUUUGGAACCUUGAACAACAGGCCUACGGGGGCUGUGAAUUCUGGUUUGGGUUUUCCCACUACAUAGAUAUUCCAAGAGGUUCCAAUCCAGUGGAUUCUGCACACUUCCUCUUUUUAUCAUCUUUCCAACCCUCUCUCUCAAAACCAAUGUUAUUAAAAAGAUUUUUUUUCUUAGGUAACCACCAAUUACAUCUCCCACUCUGUCAGGUUUGCAGUCAAACUAUUUCUUACCUGAUUCAAUUCCAAGCACAGUGUGUGUGCUCUGUCACUGUUAUGUCUCUCUUCUGGGACCAUUCAUAAGAUGUACCUUACACUUUCUUCCUAAUAGAGGUGAUGGAAAAAAAACCAGGGCAGUUUCUCACUUGAGGUUUUCAGGAAACAAUAGGGAGGGUAACAGGUUUUUAGGUGAUGUGCCGCUAACCAUAAUCUUUUU